AUGACGAGCCAGCCCCCUUUCCGAGCGGUUUACAAGACCAUAGGUCAGCAGGAAAUAGAUGUGGACGUCUAUCUCCCCCCUCCCCCAGGGGCUAACACGGCUAGCCCAGUCGUCAUCAAUAUCCAUGGUGGCGCUUUCAUGCUCGGCUCGUUGAAGAUGGUCAACCAAGACCAAGUGGCUGACUGUCUCAGUCGAGGAUGGAUCGUCUUGGCCCCUAACCAUCGUCUAUGUCCUCAAGUUUCUCUGCUUGAAGGACCCAUGAGAGACUGCCGCGAUCUUCUUAGCUGGGUAUACGACGGCGGUCUCCAAAAGGCUAUCAACACUCAAGUCCAAGAGUCGUAUGCAGUGGAUCAUGAUCACGUAUUUGCAUUUGGCACUUCAUCUGGCGGCACACUUGCGCUGAGUCUAGGUUUUGGAGUUCCCCGUCCUGUUGCGGGAAUCUAUGACAUGUACGGCCCCAACAACUUCACGCAUCCAUUCUGGACGCAAAAGCUGCCGCAUGUUGCCGCGAGGUUACCGCCGAAUCUGCCUGAAGAGUUUCUGAACAAAGUGUUCGAGGAGGAUCCAGUGCCCAUUGUGGGCGGCGUCUCUCUCGAAGGCCAAGCCCCGGGUCCUCCGAACUUUAAUGAUCCGAGACAGGCGUUCGCCAUGACACAAAUUGCCAACGGCAAUGUUAUGAAUACUAUUGUGCCAGAUAAGAACUGGGAUGAGGUUGAUCCCGUCAGGAACAUCAGCUCCUCCUUCCCACCGACUUUCAUUGUCCACGGCCAAGCGGAUACAAUGGUAACUAUUGACUUGAGCAGGGGCUUGUUCAAGACACUACAAGAAAAUGGGGUUCGUUCUGGCUUGAGGGAAAUUCCGGGAGAGGAGCACACCUUCGCCGCAAAGAUGAAGGUCGGAUCCGAGACUUGGAAUCUGCAGCGAGAAGGCUUUGAUUUCCUAGAGAGCUUGAUCAAGUAA